UGUCGACUGUUCCGGCGUACCUAUUUUGGUUCUCCUUUUGCCCUCUUUAGGUUUUUCUUUUGACUUUUUUUUUUGUUGUAUUUUGUUCUGUUUCCUGUUUUAUUGUGGUAGUCUGUUUUUCUGUCUUCCCUUGUCUUGUUUUACUUCUGUCUUCUGGUUUUCCUGCCUUUGUGAUGGUCUGAUGUGUUUCCCAGCCCUUGUGUGACCUGCCCCUCGUUAACCCUUGUUUACUUUUGUGUAUUUAGUCUCCGUUUCCUUUUUCUGUUGUCAGAUCAUUGUCUUCUGUUUGAAUUGUGUGUGUCUGAGACUUCCCGAGUCGUCUCUGUGUUGGUUGCUGUGUUACCUGUUUUGACUUUGUCUUCAUUCGGGAUUACAUUUUGCCUGCUGUAUCCAGGACUUCUUUUUUUUGUAUUUUUGUGUUUGAAAUUAAAUCCUCAAACAAUCCAUUGUUUUCCGUCUCUGCAUUUGGGUCCGCAUUCUCUGAAUCUGUAACAAGGGAGGAACGCUGAUAGUCCAUUUUGUACAGACUCCAUUUUAAACCCCGACAGAGCAGGAGGAAAACAGGAAGUCUGAGGCGGGAUUUGGUAAAAUGAGUGAUUUGGAGGAAGAGUAGGACUCUCUGUCCAUGAAGAGUGACUUUUCCAAAGAGGAACCUCCUUUCUUCAGUAACAAACCAGGACCCUCAGACACAAACCAUGGGAGGACGCUCCAGCUCUUCUGCCCCUCCGCCUUCUCCUCUUUUCAGUAAACCUUGGAGGACAAUAAACUGGGAAUUCAAAGAGAGGGAUCUGCAGUAUGUGAAGAGCUAUAAACCUCAGACUGACGGCCAGCAGCUCAGGAUUCUUCUUCAUGGUCCAGUUGGAGUUGGAAAGUCCAGUUUCAUCAACUCUGUCCAAAGUGUCGUAAAAGGCAAAAUGUCCAAAAAUGCAGGGGUGGCUAACAUCUCUGGCAGCACUCAAACCAGAAAGUACAACACCUACAUGAUCCAAAAGGAUGGACAGAAUACCUUUUGCUCUUUCGUCCUCAAUGACACCAUGGGGCUGGAAUGCAACACCAACAGACGCAGAAAAGUCUAUGUCAAAGAUAUCAAACAGGCGAUGAAGGGACGUGUGAGAGACGGUUACACGUUCAAUCCUGAAUGUAAGAUAUCAAAGGAGGAUCCAAAAUACAACCCAGACCCAACUGCCAACGACAAAGUGCACGUUCUGGUUUGUGUCGUUGAUGCCAGCACAGUAUCUCAGAUGAGUGAUAAAGUUAUAGAGACACUGCAGGACAUCAGAGAGGAGGCCUCGGACCUGGGUAUUCCUCAAGUGGCCAUUCUCACCAAAAUUGACUUAAUCUGUCCGGAGAUUAAAAAGGAUAUAAAGAAUGUCUACAGGAGCAAGAUACUAAAGAAAAAGAUGGAGGAGUUCAGUGCAGCGGUGGGUUAUCCCAUGAACAGCAUCUUCCCUGUGAAGAACUACCAUGAAGAAACCAACUUCAACAGUGACAUUGACUCACUGAUCCUGAGCGUCGUGAGAGACAUCAUCUGAGUCAUCAGUCUGAAUGUUGAGAGAUAUUUGCAUAAGAACGCUGUAUUGCAUUAUGUCAAAAUAUCAAUCUGUGACAUUAAUUCGUCAAUCAUUACUUUUUCCUGAUGGCACCAUGUUAAUUGUGUUUUACGUUAAAGCCUUUGUGACUCCUGCUUUUAUUAGAUGAUGGCUGAAAAUACUCGUUUCUCAUUAAACUGUCCCCAGGGUCCAGCUGAGGAUAGUGAUUCCAGACUUCAGUAUUGAACCUACAACCCCAUACGCUGAGUAAGAAGAUUCUUGUUUCAAGAGUCAUACAGUAUACUGGUUCAUGGUACAGCUGUUGUAGUUGUAUCUGGACGGCUCUGAGCCUCCACCUGGGAUUUAUGUUGUCUGUUAUUCAGUCAAAUAAUCUAAACUCAGAGUGACUGUAGAUUUGUUCUAUCUAUGACCACAUAACUGCAAAUUAAGACAUUUAAAUGUAUAUUUCUAUAGAUAUAUCUAUGCCUAUUUCUGUCUUGCUUUCUGCUGCAGCUCCACCCUGUGGAAGAAUAUUGUAUUACAGUUCAUUUCCACAUAGAGGAUCUUUGACUGUAUAUCAUAGGCUACUCAAACUGAGCUUGGCAAG